GUUUGAGCAACCCCCCCACUUACAGCUCAGCCCACCCGGUCCCAGGAGUCACCAGCAGCCACUGGGUGUAAAUUUGAUAAGUAAAUGGACAUGUAAAGCAAGUUGUGGGGUCCGCUCCGUGCUGCUCCUGGCCUGGGCAGAUUCUUUGGGCAGAUUUUCCAAGGGAAUGUGAACCAUUCAUCAUCUGCGAUCGAUACUUUCCCCUUCGAUGGAGGAGGAGGAGGAGGAACAACACAGGCAGCCCUCCUGAUAUUGAGAUGACCUUAGGAGAAACAAAGUCAGCUCAUCCAAACGGAGUCAAACGCGAAUCCUGAGCAGAGAGCCAUCCCUCCCUGUGGGGCUCUCUCCUGUCGCCACUGAGGCAUUGCCUUCUUACCAUGAACAAGAAGUGGAGAUCUGACAGUGGUUCCAGAAGGCCAGGAAUAAACCAGCCGGAAGUGUUCCAUUCUGCAACUGUCUCAGGAUUCUGACAUCUGGUCCCAUCGCCGGGGAUGCAGCCCGUGGGUGCUGGCGAGGCCGCCCUCCAGGACAGGGUGCGGGAGGCCCUCCGGGAAGACCUCUUGGCCGCCGACCUGAAGUGCAGCUUCUUUGUCUCCGCGCUGCAGAGCUAUAAGCGGGAUUCGGUUCUCCGGCCCUUCCCGGGCCUCUACGCCACCCAAGAGAGCAAGGACUUUGAUGCUUUGCUUGCAGACACAAACGUGUUGGGGGGCCUGAAAGAACUACUGGAGUCAUCCCAACCCCCAGACAAAAGGGCCUGGGAACUGGUGGACUGGAUUCUCUCCUCCAAGGCCUUGUCUAUCCACAGCACCAGCAAAGACGAGUAUAAGAAGAUCCAGGAGCUGACGGGGGCACCCAGCGUCCCAGUGGCCACACCAGACUUCCUGUUUGAAAUUACCUACUGCCCUCAGAUGAACAGCAAGUUUGAGGAGACCCGAAUGGGGAGAGACCUCAUCUACGCAUUCCACGGCAGUCGCCUUGAGAACUUUCACUCCAUCAUCCACAAUGGCUUACAGUGCCAUUUAAACAGGACCUCCUUGUUCGGGGAAGGCACUUACCUGACCAGCGACCUCAGCCUGGCGCUUCUCUAUAGCCCCCAUGGGCUCGGCUGGCAUCAGAGCGUGAUGGGCCCGAUUCUGAGCUGCGUCGCUGUUUGUGAGAUCAUCGAUCAUCCGGACGUAAAAUGCCAGGUGAAAAAGAAAGAUUCUAAAGAGAUAGACAAGAAGAGAGCCAGGAUAAGGCACAGUGAAGGGGGUGAUGUGCCCCAGAAGUACUUUGUCGUGACCAACAACCAGCUGAUACGGGUGAAAUACUUGCUACUGUAUUCACAAAAGCAGCACCGGAGACCCGCCAGCCAGUCCUGGGUCUCCAAGCACCGCUUUGCUGUCACGAUGUGCCUGUACCUGCUGCUGCUGGUCGUGAUCGGGGCCAGCAACUCUCCCGCCUUUCUCUACUAUUGGAACAGGAUCUUUGACUUCAAGCGAUGAACAU